AAUUUAUUUAUGAACUGAAUUUGCUGUCAAUCGUAAAAUUUAUUUCACAGUAUUCGGCGCAAAAUUUUAAGUUAUUCCCUCGAAUUGUAAACUUUUUGCUUCCCGAAUGAGAUUGACGACAUAUUCCGUUUAAAUUACAGAUUUUUUAUUAAAAAAAAAAUAGAAGCAAUUCUCAAACCGAUUGUUUGACAUUUUUAAUAAAAAAUGUAUAAUUUUAAUGCAAUGUGUUGCUGUUCACAUAGAUGCUGUCAAUACUGUUGCCACCAUCAAUUGGUAACAGAUGCCAGCAAUGGCUGUAUAUGCCAAAAUUGUCCCAAGCAUAUGAGUCAGGAGUCCAUAAAAGUAAUACAUAACAUUACGGCCCUGCAAGCAUAUAAAAAGGAUGAUGCCAAGUCAAGUGUCACGUCUCGGAUGGGAUAUUCGGGCGUUUGUAAACGAAACGAAUAUCCGUUGAGAUGUCUUACGGUUGCAACGAGUAAUCGCAUAGAUGACCGUAGCUACAAUGGAGAGAUGACUGCAUCGAUCAAUGGCUCUGGGCUAUUGACGCCAGUUGGCUCUGUUGUAGAAUCAAUCAAAUCUAAAGCUUCUACGUCAUCUAAAUCGGCUCCAGGGCCUGCUCAGGUUAGCUCUGGUCACGCGUCAGUGUCUAAUAAAUCAUCUAGGAAGAGCGCAAAGAUGACAGAACCAAGGGAAUCUAUGAAUGGUUCAACAAGAGGCUCGGUGUCUUCCAAGCUAAGGGAAUAUCAAGGAGACAGCAAAACGGAGACCUCGUCUCGGUUAAUAUCGCCAAUGGGAUCAACCACAGCAUCAAUUAAAUUGAAAGCCUCUGAAAUGUCUAGUCCACCGCAGAAGGUGCCUGAGAAUAGCGCUGUUCGCGCUUCAGGAUCUGCUAAGUCACAUGCGUACAGCUCUAAUAUGAUUUUCUCAAGGAGAUCGAUGGAUGGUUCACCUGAAAAAAAAAUCUCUGUGUCAUCCAAAUCUCAAGGGGAAUAUCGAAGAAGUAGCCAAACGGAGGCCGUUUCGAGGGAAGGCGACAAAUUUUUAACGCCAACUGGAUCCAUUUCAGGGUCAACUAAAAGUAAAGCCUCCGCGUCAUCUAAAUUGCGCGGAGAACUGGUUCAGGAUAGCUCUGAUGAAGCCUCAGAAUCUAGAAAGCUCUCUACGGACAACUCAAAGACGUCAUUACCACUGGAAUCGAUAGAUGGUUCACCAAUAUCCCAAGCCUCAGCAUCGCUCAAAUUAAGUCGAAAAUUCAGCAAAACGGAGGAUACUUCGAGAGAUGGCUCUAAAUUGUUAACGCCAAUCGAUGUUGCAACAGAAUCAACUAAAUCAAGAGUCUCUGCUAAGUUCAACUCGCCGCGGGAGGCAAAUCAGGCUCGCUCGGCACGAAGCCUAAGGUCAACUGCAUCAUCUAAGAAUGGGGCUGAUCAAACAAGCCGCAAGCAGCUAGAUGAUUUCAAAAUGGGAUCUCCAUCACCCACCGUGUUAAGUGCCAGGCUUUCAAUGUCUUCUGCGUCAUCUAAGACGGGGGCAAGACUGCAAAUGGCUGAUCAAACAAACCGCCAGCAACAGGAUGAUCUCAGAUUGGGGUCUCCGGUUAGGCCAAGUCCAUCAUCACCCAACGAGUUUAGUCCAAGGCUUUCGAGGCUUACUGCGUCAUCUAAGAAAGGAGCAAAACUUCAAAUGGUAGAUCAAGCAAAGCGAGAUGAUCUCAACAUGCGGUCUCCGGUUAGGCUAAGUCCAUCAUCAAUCAACGAGCUUAGUCCAAGGCUUGAGCAUAGUCGGAAAUCGAAAUUAAUGAAAGCUGCUACAACCGUUAAAAAGAAGAUUGGAGCAAUGGCAAAAGCAUUAACGAUAACCCAAAAAUGUCCUCCAUCCUGUGCCGUGGACUUAAAUUAUCUGAAAAAACUAAUUGCACCGCUAGAACGCAAAGAAAAUAAACAAAAGCCAGCCAAAGUCACACCAAAAAUGGAACCUAUCAAGAAUGAGAAGGUGUUGGAGAAGACCAAACCAAAAAAGAAGUCCAAGAAGCUGGGCAAGCCAAAAAGUCCAACUCCUGAGGCCCAAACCCCAGCUCUUCCUGAACCGAAGCUCGAGCCGAUACCCGAGCCGAAGCUCGAGCAAAGCCACAGCAAUGAAAUUUGGUUUGACCUCAAUGUGCCCAUACGCGUUAAUUUACCCGGAACAAUUUGUUUUGGUAACAUUUGGGACCUAUUAUCAAAUACUUCGAUGAAUACCAUGAACAAAGGCUUUUCCAUAAUGGAUAACAAAACAGAAGCACUGCCCGAUCCCAACAACAAUGCCUUGGUCAAGGAAAGUCACAACCUAGCCGUAGCCAGGACACCUUCAUCACUGGCUGAGCCGCCAUGUAAGUUGUGCAUUACAAUGCGUCCGAUGGGCUGUUGUCCGCCUAUGCUGGCACGUGUGCCCGUUGCGGUGCCGUCUCCUGCAGAGCCCGUGCAGCCACAGAGCCAUCAUUUGAUAACCACACAGAGCCAGGUGGUGCAGCCGCAGUGUCCUGCUGAGUCCACCCAGCCACGGGCUGUGGAAAAGAUUGCCAAAAAAAGAAAAGUGGUCAAACGCAAGAGAGUCCCAUCACAGCCCAAUAUGCGCGAAAUGUGCUCUCAAACACAAACCAUGCCAAAUAAUACAUUUUCACAGUACAGCUGCGGCAAUCCCAUCAGUCAAUAUUCGAUCUGUAGCAAUAACUUGUCUGGAAACAGACCUCCACCGAACUCGGCCUUAACACUGGCAUCCCAGAGAACAGGCUGCAAUAUCGAUGCAUUGACUGCGAGUAGGGAGAAUGAAAUGAACGAUGCCUUUAACAGAAGGCAAUUAUAUCGAAAUCGUUCGCAAUUUAAAGACAAAGCCAGUACCCCAUUACCGCCGUGCAGCAAAGAUACAAUUAGGUAUAGAGCUCCAGCCGAAUCGGAGAUGUCGUUGCAGCGCCAGGUUACCAAACCGACAACAUCUAAGACCCUCUCUUGGAAUACCAAUGCACACAGAUCAGUGGAACGCGAUACCUUCUACUUUGAUGAUGCGCCCAUUAGCGAAAGUUAUUUGGAAAACAGACGAUUCCCCAAUUUCAACAAUAUGUCGCAGUUAUCAUCACAAUUGCUGGAACGUAAACAAAAUACCUGCAACUAUAGGGACUUUCAAGAUCUGGAGGCGGAGAGCAAGGCAAAUGCAUUUAAAAAUAUGAGAAGCAAAUGUGUGGGCAGUGCCAUGGCCCAUGGUUUACCGCCAUUGAGGAACUUCCUACCUUCUGUUCAGGGUUGCAACAACAGCAUGGAAACUAUGGAAACGAACGAGCAGAGUAUGCAGAAUUCGAUGUAUGAUUAUUCAACUUUCGAUGGUACGCAAAUGGAAUCGGGACAGAGCGAAUUCGUGUGUGACUGCAAAUCGUGUCGCAGAGCUUACCAAGAUUCGACCUCAAAUCAGACUAUGGCCGCUUCACUAUAUAGUCAGCCUCCUAAAACCUUUUCGGAUAAGUCCACCUAUGUUCGAUCGUGUAUGCAGAAAGAUGUGGCCCCAAGCUGUGUGCAUCAAAAACGAGGCAAUGCCAAUCGCUCACUAGCCGAGCUUAAAAGUAUGAAUUCCUCAUCAAAAGAUAUCGAGUCGCAAAGCGUAUACAUGGAGACACAUGUGCUUCAAGAUCUGCUGGCUUCCAUUCAAGUGCCAGCUUUAGAUGAUAAACAGAGCCUAGCUGCAAUGCCGCAAAAUGCUUGUAAUAGAAGUCAAUGUGACUCCAAUAUGCGAAUGGAUAGAGUCGAUGCACAAAAAACCACUGCAACCGAUGAUAUCAGCAUUAAAUGUUCUAAGACUGGUAGAGAAAAAUGUGCUCAGCCUUCAACACACGCAAAAUCCAUGAAUUCCAUGCAGCCAGCUGCCUCGGCUAACAAAUUAUCCGAAGAGUCGAGGAAGCCGUUAGUUGAGUUGGCCCACAGUAAUAUAACGAACUGUAGGUCCAGGCCAUCAAUUACGCAAAACAUUUUAGAACUUGUUAUGGAGUCAAACAAAAGUCGUUUCAGUGCUACGAAUGUAUCGAAGACAAUUCCACCCGUUAUUGGCUCGGACAUGAGCACAUACUCCGUUCAAAUAAGGAAGUGUUCGUCGCCCCAAAUACAAAAGCUAGCCAGUGAGAAGAGCUUGAAUAGAUCAAUAAAUAAUGCUCAAGAUUCCAUAUGCGAUCAGGUAGAAGUAAGCCAAUGCACUAAAUCAACUUGCGCAAAAUAUCUGCUCAAGAAGGAAUCAAAUACAGACUCCAGAAAAAGUUCGUAUGCUUGUGGUCCAAUAGGUGACAAGUUGCGUCGAAAGAAUCUAAAAUUAUGUCUCUUGAAGCAGGACGACAAUAAAUUUCUGCCAACCUUGGAGGAAUAUAAGGUGACGGCAUAUACACGCGUUUCCAAGAAAUAUUCCUUUCAAAAGGGCGGCAGAGAUUACGGCGAUUCCGAUUGCAAUGGACAUUUGAAGCUCCAUUCUCUAAAUGAAGCAAAUAUUGCUAAUAUAAUGGAAGAACUGAAGAAAUAUUGUCAUCGUGUGCCCAUUAAGAGCAGGGGCAAGCCCAAAUUGCCAAUUGUCCUGGUGCCUUUUCGGCAGAAGGGCAAUCGCUUUGGAACAAUGAUCACCAUAUGCCAGCCAGAUGAAUGGCGAGAACUCGAAGUCUCCUGGCCAGCUAUUCCGGGCAAGCGAUUGGUCUGCAACAGAUCGGUAUGCAGCUGUUGUCGACAACGCACGGGGAAUUCCAAGCCAGGUGAGGCGUCAGUUGAUGUUCCUAAGCGCUCAAAAAAAAAGAAUUUAGUCGCGGGAACAAAGUUGCAUCGAACAAGAGCCGAACCCAAAGCAUUUUUAAGAGAGUUUUCAAAUCGUUCUCAAUCACCGAAAACGGAAACGCAUAGAGAACCAAAUCGUACAGAAUACAAGAAAUCGACAAGGUCAAAUCGUGUUCCACAUCCUAAAAGAGAAGUGCGAGCCACUCAGGUUGCCGAGACGUCCCACAAGGCAACAGGUACUUCAACCCGUUCAUCGUCUUACAAGAGAGGCUCCUCUCGCACUUAUGAGAGGCAAACUAAUAGACCCCAGAACAAGAACAAUCCUGAAUAUAUCGAAGCUCCUAAAAGAGGCGAUGCCCGCCCAGUGGCAAAACAAACCUGUCGAUCACAGAAUAAUCGCAGUGAACCUGUAGUAAGGUGUAUUUGUUGUAGGUGCAAUUCUAAGACAAGAGAAGUUUUAAAGUGCUAUAGAGCCCCCCUUAGAGGACAUCCUCUCACUGACAGACAAGUUCAUAGAUCACAUAAUAAUCGAUCACAAUCUAAAAAAAAGGUAGCCUCCCAUCCCACCAAAGGCGAUAUCCAGGCAUUCCCAGAAGUAAGAAGUACUUCCAACCGUUCUAAAGCUUCCGAAAGAGAUUAUUCUCGCACAGACGAAGCUCAAGCACAGAAUAAGGAAGUAGAACCUGAUGUUUUGGUAGAUCUGAAAGCUGCCCAACAGACAAGAAGUAAUUCCAAUCGUUCUAAAGCUUCCCAAAGAGGUUCUCGCACAGACGAAGGCCAAGCACAAAAUAGGGAGUUGGAACUUGAAGCUGCGGUAGAGCUUAAGGCUGCCCGACAGACAAGAAGUAAUACCAAUCGUUCUAAAGCUUCCGAAAGAGGUUCUCGCACAGACGAAGGCGAAUUACAAAAUAAUGAAGAGGAACCUAACGUUUCGACAGAGCUGAAAGCUACCCAACAGACAAGAAGUAAUUCCAAUCGUUCUAAAGCUUCCGAAAGAGGUUCUCGCACAGGCGAAGGACAAGCACAAAAUAGGGAGCUGGAACUUGAAGCUGCGGUAGAGCUUAAAGCUGCCCGACAGACAAGAAGUCAUUCGAGUCUUUCUGAAGCUUCUGAAAGAGAUUAUUAUCGCCCAGAUGAAGGCCAAGCACAAAAUAGAGAGGUGGAAGCUGAAGCUUUGGCAGAUCUUAAAGCUGCCCGACACACAAGAAGUUACUCGAAUCGUUUUGAAGCUUCUGAAAGAGAUUAUUAUCGCACAGACGAGGACCAAGCACAAAAUAGAGAGGUGGAACCUGAAGUUUCGGUAGAGCUGAAGUCGGCUCGAAACAUUUAUAACCGUUUUGAAGCUUCUGAUAGUGAUUAUUCUGGCAAAGAUGAGGGCCAUGCACAAACAAGUGACGUGGAGUCUGAAUUCUUAGUAGAAAUGCAGCCUGCCCGAAAGAUAAGCAGUAUUAAUAUUACCAAUCGCUAUGUAACUCCAAUGGUGGGCAAUUCGCGCACUAAUGAAAGCGAAUCGAGUAGAUCACAAAAAUAUCGUCCGGUAGCAAUAAAUUAUAUUCACACCGAAGAUAGUUCCGAAGUGCCGUCAAGGCCAGAAUUUAAACCAAACAUUUCCAGCAAUGUUGCAAGGCAACCGUAUCGAUUACGUUCCGCAGUCGAGUCCCCGGAAAUGGAAAGCUCCAUCAGUUCGAAUGUAUGUUAUUGCACAAGAAAAAAGUGCCCAUCGAAGUGUCUCAUGUAUGCCGAAUACAACAAUAGGCGUGUGUCCGAGGUGGAGCAUAAAGAAGUCAUCGUACUUAUGGACGUGCGCCCAUUGCGCAGCUCCAGCUUAAGCACAACGCGGAACGAAAUCGUGUCGCCUCCACUCAGGCAUAGAGCGGUUGUUUCUGAAAAUAGGGGCCAAAUAUUAUAUGAUUUGAGCCGAGGCUACGACGGGCAACCUUCGGCAAAUUCUACGUCCUUCAAUUAUUCAAAUCGGUCAGCCGAGCAGCAGCAACAGCAGCAAUUCCAAUGGGAUCGACAGCAACUGUAUCUCAACGAAUUGGGACAAUAUCCACCGCAACAGAUUCAGCCACUGCCAAACCAACAGAGCUUUAAUCAAGCCAAUGGCCAUGCAAUAUUGUUGCAGGACUUGCAUCCAACACAACAAUAUGAAGCACUACAGCAGCAGCCGCAGAUGGAGACCCAGAUGCUGCCACAGAUGCUGCCACAGAUGCAGCCACAGAUGGAGACACAUUUGCAGCCACAGUUCCAGUCACAGUUGCAGCCACAGUUGCAGCCACAGCCUCAGCCACAGUUGCAACAUCAGCUCCAGACACAGUUGCAACAUCAGCUGCAGCAACAGUUGCCAUAUCAGGACUACGUGCAGCCAGAUGUUGAGCCCCAAAUGCAGCAUGUCAAUAAUUGGCCAGAGGAAACAGAUAACCAGAUUGAGCCUCAGUAUUUGAAUAAUUUAGACAUAAACACAGCUAUAAACUAUGCAACAAUGCCGCCGCCAGCAACAGCAGGAACUAUGAUGAUGCCACAACAAAACAGCCGGGCACCAUCGCAAUUCCAGCCUGAUAGCAACCGCUAUCAAUAUCAGAGAAACGCCCGUGCUUUGCCCAAUGAUGUCGUCUAUCAGCGAAUUCUGGCCAAGUAUGGCAUACUGCGUAUGCCAGGCGAUUGCAUCAGUUCCAAUGCGCAAGGCUGCGCUUUAAACUGUCCGUGUCCGUGCACCGGACAACAAGAGGGUCAACAGCAGCAGCAGCAGCAGCAGCGCCUGAGGAGAGUUUUGUAAUAAAUCUGCCCAAAUGCCCAAUUUA